AUGAAGAAAUUGCACGAAAAUUACUUUUUUGGAAAAUACAUUAAAAUGAAUAUACCUAAUGAUUACAUAGAUAUAUCAAAAUAUAGAACAAUACCAGACAAUCAAGAGGUAUAUGCUCAUAAAUACAAUAAUAAUUGUUUAGUAAUCGAAAUUGUAUGUUAUAAAGAUAUAGAUAUAAAAGAAAAAGGAAAAUAUUAUUUUGACGAUUUAGCAAAUGAAAAUACUAGCUUAGAAAAUAAAAUCAUUUUAAAUAAUGAAUCUGUUCCACAUUCACAAAAAAAUUAUAUUUUAGUUGUAGGAGCACAAAAAAUAACCAAAUGUAAUACGCAAAUGCAUGAAAAUGUUUUGUUAUAUUUAUGUAUAAUUCCAUAUAAAGAAUAUAAUGCUGAUAUAUUGAUCACAUGGAAUAUACCAAAGAACGAUUUAAAUAUAAACCCAGAUAUUAAUAUCUUCACAGAAAUGAUCCAGUCCUUCGAAAUAAUAGACUUUAGUUUAUUUGUAUAA